AUGAGCACAUCUAAUGACGUGCUGGUGAAUAGCAAGAACUCGGUCAGUGUAGCGCGUCGAUACGCUCUAUACUCCAACUAUGAGUUGGCCCUCGCUAUUUACAACAGCCUUGACAAGGACUUUGACGCAUAUCUUGAUUCGUGCAAAGAUAAGCAGGAACAUAAAAAAUGGAAGCAAGUUAAGGAAAGGAUAGCUGAGGAGGGGGCACUUGUACGCGCAAUUCAGGACGAGUUACGAGCAUUCGUGAACCCAAGCGAGGCGGCACGAAUCGAUCGGCAACAAUGGAGGAAACAGCAGGAGGAGUUCAAACCGAUUUGUGGCGGGGAAGAAAAUGGACAGAGUGACCGGGGUGCAGGCAAGGCGGCCCGUCUGACGACUCUUCACAUCACAAAAUCCGUCCCACCGAAUUUAAGUAGGUUAGCUUCCCAAUCGUUGUUCGAAAGCAACCCCUCUACUCGUAAUCAACUGCUGUAUGGCGAUAAGGAUCGAUUUGGCCCACCAGAGGGACCCGUAAUCCGAAAAAGCAAAGCGGUAAAUCCACAACCGGCUCAAAGGUUUGCAUCACCCGUAGUCCGGCGUCGCCCGGUCAUCACAUCGAGCAACACAGCAAGUCUUACCAAUGGCUCUCAAACGGUUCCACCCAAGGCAAAGAUAGCUCCACGACGUGUUGAACGUCCGAAGGAAAAUGCCACGCGGGGACAAAUGCCACGUUCUUCAGUUCCACGAUUUGUACCGCGUAGUGGGGAGGAAGAGCUUGUGGCACUCAUAGAAGCUGACAUGCAUGUAGGAUCGCUUAGUGUUGGUUGGGAGGAUGUUGCUGGUUUGCAGGACGCCAAGGGACUGCUGGAGGAAGCCGUGGUGUACCCCGUGCUGAUGCCGGAGUAUUAUCAAGGCAUUCGACGGCCUUGGAAGGGUGUUCUGUUGUAUGGUCCACCGGGUACGGGCAAGACGAUGCUUGCGAAGGCAGUAGCGGCGGAAUGUAACACAACGUUCUUCAAUAUUUCACCCGCCACACUGACGAGUAAAUGGCGCGGGGACAGCGAGAAACUUAUCCGCGUGCUCUUCGAAAUGGCGCGGCACUACGCGCCUAGCACAAUCUUUGUGGACGAAAUUGACGCCGUGUGUAGCCAACGUGGCGAGAGCAGUGAGCAUGAGGCUUCACGGCGUGCAAAGGGGACACUCUUGGCACAAAUGGAUGGGUUAAGCGUGGAUCCUGGAAAAACUGUUAUGGUACUCGGGGCCACGAACCAUCCGUGGUCGAUCGAUGAAGCGAUGCGCCGGCGCCUGGAGAAGCGUAUUUAUAUACCCCUUCCCGACUAUAAGGAUCGUCUGGAGCUGUUCCGUAUCAACACGAAGACUUUAAAACUGUCCCCGGAUGUUGACUUUGAUAAGUUGUCCAAGAUGCUUGAAGGGCGCUACUACAGCUGUGCGGAUCUAACGAAUUUAGUUCGUGAUGCAGCCAUGAUGACGAUGCGGCGUUUCAUGGAGGAGAUGGACAAGACAGAAGUGAAAAGGCGUGCGGCGGAGAUUGGGAAGUUGGUUGCUGAACAACCCAUCACAAUGGAUGAUUUCUUAAAUGCUGUCAGAAAUGUUCCCAGUAGUAUUAACGUAGAGCAAAUUAAAAAAUUUGAGAAGUGGAAGAAGGAGUUCGAGGUAAAUGUUUAG